AUGGAUCAAGGAGAGAACCAUCUUCAAUCUAUUGGUGUUUACCAGAGACUUGUGAACUUCAUGGUGAAAAGCUUAACAGCGAUAGCAAGCAGGCCAAUGACUUUGCCAUAUCCCGUGAGACAUUUCUGGCUCAUUUGCCAGAGAUUUUUCAACUUCAUCAUGCUAAGCCUUGCAACAAAAGCUCUCAAGCCUGUGACUCUGGGUCAUCCCAUGCCUAUUUCUGAUGCUUCACAGAACGGAACACCUCAUGAAGACGUCCAUUUUGGAGCCAUGGUUGAGUCAGAACAAGCCAUAGCCAUUCAACAACUAGUCCCUCUUACCACCUUCGACUCUAAAAACAAGGAAGUCGAGAAAGAUGGCAAAGAGUUCCCACUAGACCGAGAGAAUGGCGUUGUUAUUGCUUCUUCUACUACACAAGGAAUAAAUGAUUUGAAUGCAAAUGAAGGUAAGAAGGGUGAAGAUGAAGUAGUGACUGUACCAGCAAUUGCACCACAGACAAAGGCCCCAAAGAAGAUGGUUAGCAUAAAUGACAAUGUGGAGGAAAUAUACCCCAGUAAGAAGAAAAAGACUAAAGCUAUAGAAAAAUUGCCUUCCAUGGAAAGAGAAAAAGAAGAGACAAAGCCUUUGAAGCCAAUUCUAAAGACGGGUUCUAAUGUAAGUGCAAAAUCAGAGAGUAACAAAUAA